AUGGUCUCUCAGUCUUUACAAGUAGCCGAAUCAUGUGACGAGAAAGCUGCCCGGGCGAAAUCUGAUGCUGCCUCUAGCGCUCCUCUACUCACCGUCUCAGCCUUAGCUCGUCGAAGUCCGUUGAUGGUGAAUACUAGCUCACACCCUCAGUCUGAGGUCACCCUGGAUGCCUUUACUCGCUGGCAAGAUAGCUUCGAGCGAGACGAUAAGGCUCAAUUGGCUAGUACUUUGCUCAGCAAACAACACAUACCGUCUGCUCUCCUUAGCAGAAAAGCUAUCAGUGCAGAUAAACAAAUAUUCUCCCAUACGUUGACUGUACAACCAACGCCAGUCACCAAUCAAAAGGCUUCUGGACGAUGCUGGCUCUUCGCGGGCUGUAACGUGGUUCGCAUGGGUAUUGUCAAGAAGUUUAAUCUAGGCGAGUUCGAACUCAGCGAGUCUUACUUGUCUUUCUGGGAUCACGUCGAAAAGUCUAAUUAUUUUCUUGAAAACGUCAUUGAGCUUGCGGAAGAGCCAAUCGACGCUCGGAUUAUCUCUCUUCUCUGUAGCGCUCCUCUAGGUGAUGGAGGUCAAUGGGAUAUGGUCGUAGGACUGGUUGAGAAGUAUGGCUUAGCACCCAAGUCAAUCUUUGAUGAAUCUUACAACUCUUCCAACUCGGAUGGAAUCAACGAUUUCCUCAAUUCUAAACUGCGUGACCAAGCUAUUGAACUUCGUCAAAUUUAUACCGAUGCCAAGACCCAUGCUAUUGAUAAUCUUGGUCAAGACUCUGACUCAGCCAGCAUUGCUGGAGUUCGAGCUGCUCGUCAGGCUAAGGAGACUAUGAUGUCCCAAAUCUACCGCUGCCUAGCCAUUGCUUUAGGCUCUCCCCCUUCCCCGACUGAGAGUUUCAAAUGGGAUUACCUCGACAAGUCAGGCAAGGCUCACAGCCUGGUUUCUACUCCUCUGGACUUCUACCAUAAGCAUUGUGCUGGAUUUCAGGCAUCUGAAUACAUUAGCAUGAUCAAUGACCCCAGAAAUCCUUACGACCAGUCAUACCUGAUUGAGCGAUCUGGAAAUGUCUGGGGUGGUCGUCCUGUUAAGUUUCUUAACACUAGCAUUGAUGUAUUGAAGAGCUUAGUGAUCGACAUGAUCAAAGCUGACAAACCAGUCUGGUUUGGCUGUGAUGUGGGCAAGAUGUCAAAUAAUACUUACGGUAUCAUGGACACUGAACUAUUUGAUUAUGAAGCUGCGUUUGGGACGACCCCUCGUUUAUCGAAAUCCGAGAGACUCCAAAUGGGUGAUAGCGCCCCGACUCAUGCAAUGGUAAUCACUGGUGUCCACCUUGACGAACAAGGUAAACCUGUGCGAUACAAAGUCGAGAAUAGUUGGAGUGAUACCGCUGGUGAUCAUGGCUACUUUGUCAUGACUGAUGCUUGGUUUGAUGAAUAUGUUUAUGAAGCCGUUUUACCCAAGUCUUUUAUUUCGGAUUCGCUCAGACAAGUCUAUGACAAUUCAGAGCCUAGCGUCUUACCACCAUGGGAUGCUAUGAGUUAA